UGCAGGCGAACGCGGCGCGCGAACGGAUCACCGUUCCUGAAGAGAACUGAGAGUCUCCCGCGCUCUCAUCCCGAUACCGGGAAGCGACGACGACGACGGCAAUAACGACUGCUAUUACGACGACGACGACGACGAGGACGAGAGGCGAACGCGUACAUUCACGCUCUAUCCGAUCUUUUCCCCGACGACGACGACGGCGACGACGACGACGGGAGCAACCUCCAUGCGACCGCGGCACGAUUAGACCCACAUGGUCCGGCGAUCGCGAUGACCAUGAUCGCGAGCCAAGCCGCGCCGAUCAUCGGCCUCGUCUUCGUCGUCCUGGCGACCACUUUCGAUCGCGGUGAAGCGAUAAUAUGUUACCAAUGCAACAGCGAGUACGACCCCAGAUGUGGCGACCCAUUAGAUUCGUACACUUUGGGGACUGUAAACUGCAGCUUUCAACCUCGUCUGGAGCACCUCAGUCACUUGGAGCCUACCCUUUGCCGAAAAAUCAGUCAAAAAGUAUACGGCAAGGAGAGGGUCGUCCGCAGUUGCGGCUACAUCACGGACGCCGAGAAGGACAACGGCGAGUGCCUUAUGAGGAGCGGCACCCACGAUGUGCGCGCUGUAUACUGCUCGUGCACCGGUGAUCUGUGCAACUCCGUCGAGAGUCUCCGCACGCCGUCCCUACUGCCACUGGCGUCCCUUCUGACUGCCGUAUUGGCGACACCGAGUCUGCUUCUAUCGUGCCCGAUCGUGCCGUCUCGUAUCUCCUUCUCAGCAGCCUAAUUCUGCCUAGUUGUUCUCCAAGUCGCACCCUGAGAAUCUGAGAUUCCAUCCCUGGCCCGUCGUCGCGCCGCAUGGACCGUUCGUAUACCUUGGAUUCAUUCCUCAUUCCGUUACAUUGAUCGAUCAAACGCCAGUCGAUCGAUAUUGUCUCAAUUUCCUUAUAUAACAGCUAUAAUUUCCCCAAUCGUAAGAAGAUUGCGAGAAGAUUAUGAAAAAAUCUUCUUCUUUAUUUGAUGAAUUACCCAAUCCCCAUCAGAUGAAGAUUCGAUACAGCUAAAAUACUUAAAAUUUGGAUUGAUAAUUUUGGAAUAAUUAAAGAUACUUCGAGUAAAAGCGAUUAAGUAGCCUUAGAUGCAACGUAGUGAUGUUAAAAUGAGUUAGAGUAAUAAGCAUGAUGGAUAAGUAUGAAAUAAAAUGGACUGUGAGAGAGAGAAAGAAUGGCUGUAUCGUUCGCUGAGGCGAAAAGUCGCUGUUCUGACUUUCAGCCUAUCAGCAAUUAUACCAGCUUUUCGGCCUAAUUAAAAUAUAGCGUCAGACAAUUGAGGCACGUCAAUCUUCACGCCGCCAACGAAAGGAACUUCGCACUCAAGCAAAAAAAUUUUUCCUUCACUUGUUCCGAAGCAGCUGGCUACUUGAAUUAUACAACGAAUCCGAUGCUGUACUUUCAGGAAUUGAGAUCGGCUUCUCAACGCGAGUUUCGGAAAUCCCGAAUUCUCGCGCACACGCAUUCACGAGGGCCUUUUUGAUAAACUCUGAAGCUCUGAAGCUCUGAAGAACUAAGGACGACAUUCUGCUAACUUCUCGUAGAUAACUUCAAAUUUUCAUCGCUAAUAAAGAGAUUUUAGAUUUUAACCGACUUCAUGGAUGGUGUCUUCGGGGCUGCGAACGGUCCGUAACGUAGCCAGAUUAAUUAACGUAGCGUAACGGUGAUAACUGCCAGAUGCGCGAGGGCGACACACACUUCAGUAGUAUACAUAUCUCUGCGAAGAAAAAAACAAGAGAAAACACAAAAAAGAUAUCACGGCCUUUGCGUAAAAGAAAAAAAAAAAAGAAUUAAUCACCUCUCGUAUUGCGCUGAUAUCGCGCUUAUCGCGCGAUUCUUAUUCGGAUUCCAUCGGCUGUGUCGACUCGGCUGUUUAGAUAGAGAAUUUUCGGAUAUUUUUUGCAUAGACAGAUUAAGAGGAAUCGAAUAAGAAAUCCCUUCUACGAUUUGUAUCAUUUAAAUUUCCCAAAUUAUUCUUAAUGCAGGUAUUUAAAAAUCACGUAUCACAGUUUUUUUCCGACAACCUUACGCGGUUUUUUAAAUCUCCGAAGAUUCGUGGUUAAAUAUAGAUGAAAAAAUAUAUAGAAGAUGAAAAGAAAUGAGUUUUUUUUUUUUCAGAACGCAUUCUUAUCGAUUCCUAUCAAUUUGUCUACUUUUGUACAGAAACGAUUACCGAAUUUUAAACGUGCGACAAGUGCAAUAUCGAGACAAAAAGAGCGUAGCAGGAGAGGUGAAUAUCUUAUGAAAAUUUACGAUUAGUGUAACAAUAAAGAGUAAAACACACGGUAACAAAGUAGCGGCAUCGCGAUAACACAUUUCGCACCUCGCCUGCUACCGCUGAACACAUUCGCGUGUCUGUGCAUGAGUGUGCCUGCCUGUAUAUGCGUGUGUACGCAUUAAUUACGAUGUACGUAUAUGCACGCGAAGUAAAAAAAAAGUAUAUAAAAAUAUAUUUUGUCGUUGAAAUAAAUAAGCCAACAUGGAAUUGCACGCGAGAUUGACAGGCAUGCUUAUUUUUAGAAGUGCAAUGACACGUAGCGUUUGCGAAAUGAAACGGGAUAUAAUACGGGACGCGUCCGCGUCGCAUCCGUUCAGCCUACCUCAGCUAUCAUCACGUAUCAUAAUUUAAUCGUGACAUAAUU